UCUCGCUGAUUGCCUCUCGCUGACACUCUGUCCCAUCGCCACCAUGUUUUCCCUCAGCACAGUGCUGGCUGGUUUAAUGCUGGCUUCCUCCGCUAUGGCACAGAAAGAUUUUGUCCGGGCUUCAACAUCAGGAGGUUCUAAAACCUUGCAACCCUGGUUACUUGGUCUCACUGCAAUGGUCGUCUUCCUGUUCAUUGUCUUCGUCUUGUUGCUCGUUCACAGAGUGUGGUGCAAGAAAGAAAAAAGCAACUAUAAUGAAGAGAAUCCAAAGUUGGAAAGGGCUGAGUUGAACGUUUAUACAAAUGGCGGCCUGGAAGAUGAUGACAAAGAAGAAGAAAAAGAAGAGGCUAGGAAAGACAAGGGAGAAAAUAAAAAAGCUAAGGGCAAAAAGGAAGAAGAUAACGAGGAUCAGAAAAUCACUGCUAUGUAAAACGUAUUUGUCAGGAAUGUCAAACAUUUACCUUACUGAACUUGUAUACAAGAACAUGUUUUCAUAUCAUUCUGUAACAAAAAAAUAACUGGUUUUAUGGUUAUAUCCUGUAAGGUUUAAAUAUUAACAUCUGUGCUAAUUCUGCUUUUUCCUUGAGUUAAUGAAUUAUUGAAGAGAGACUAUUGGGCACCCAUGAUGAGGCUUUAACUACAAGAUUUGACCUAUUGGAACCCUGACUGGCAGAAGCAUGAAUUUAUCAGAUGCACAGGAAUUUGCCAGAAGAGCUAACAGCCAUCUUGUUAAAGCUAAACUCAGACCAAUAAAGUUGUAAUGUUUCCAAUUUCCAAAUGUGAGAUAUCAAACUUUUGAUGGAUAAAAUAUUGAUUAGAAUUUUA